AUGUUUGUAAAACACAAAGACGUUAAAAAAUGUUUGCGAAACACGAAGCCACAGACGUCUGGCAGACACCGAAAAUAUGGCUGGAAGUCGUGUCUGCAAAACAUGUCUGCGGUCUGCCAGUCAUUUUUUCGAAGACACAAAGACAUGUCUUUGAAAAUUUGCACAACACUGAUUGCAACCCCUGAAGAAUCUCCUGACACACCUGACACUCCUAACACUCCUGAAAAUUCACUGUGCGUCGAUGAAUGUAGCGAUAUAAGUGUAACGAUCAGAACUCUGUCAAUUGAAUUGAAUGAACUUUAUAUAGAACUGAUGGCAAAAUCUUGA